AUGGGUACUAAACUACAACCUUCUAAUGGAACUCAAAAUCCAAACGGUGAUUGUGUUGGUACUCAAAUGGGCGAGAUUCCAACCAAAAACAAUAUGAUCUCCACUCUCAUACUAGAACCACAAAAUGGUCAGGCUAUUCCUGCAAAUCAAGCAUUCACUGUUACAACAAAAACUAUCGGUCUCAAUGCCGGCUUUUUCUCUGAUCCAGCUACACAGUAUUAUACACUCUCUCAAUCUCUUGGUGGAAAUGGUUUGAUUAACGGGCAUAGUCAUGUUACCAUCCAACCACUUAAUGGCAACACUGUCCCUGAUCCACUAACAUUUGCGUUCUUCAAAGGAUUAAAUGAUAAAGCCGAUGGCAGUGGAAAUUUGGCUGUUCAAGUAACAAAUGGCUUACCACCGGGCCAAUAUAGAAUUUGCACUAUGGUCGCUUCAGCAAGUCAUCAACCUCCUCUUAUGCCUAUUGCUCAGCGUGGUUCUCAAGAUGAUUGCAUCAGGAUUACAGUUACAGGAGGUAAUAAUAAUAACAAUCAAGGAAAAGGCAAUAACAAUAAUCAAGGAAAAGGCAAUAACAAUAAUCAAGGAAAAGGCAAUAACAAUAAUCAAGGAAAAGGCAAUAACAAUAAUCAAGGAAAAGGCCAAAACAACAAUAAUCAAGGAAAAGGCCAAAACAACAAUAAUCAAGGGAAAGGCCAAAACAACAAUAAUCAAGGAAAAGGCCAAAACAACAAUAAUCAAGGAAAAGGCCAAAACAACAAUAAUCAACCUCAAAACAACAAUAAUCAAGGCAAACAAGUCCAAGGAAAUCAGGCUAAACAUGAAAAAGUUACCGAUUUCGAUCAUAGUGAUAACUGA